UGAUAAAAACUAAGUCACAUGCUCUCGAGGAGCAGUUGGCAAGCAACUAACGCCAUGGCGAAUCAAGUACCAAGCAACUCGGUCUGGUCGGCAAUGUCCUACCAGCCGCCUCGUGGUGGAUGCAACUACAAGACCUCCAUACUCUCGAGUUGCCCUUGUCUCCGGUUCAUGCUGCACCCAGUCAAGGCAGCCACAAGCUUCGACUGCGACGGUUGCGGCCAUCACGCCUCAUUUCACUCCCUCGAAAAUGUCGCUGAAGAUGCUAUCCUAAAGAAGUGGACCACUGAGCAAGGAUCCGCGAGGGGCGAUGUUACAGCAUCAGAUGGCUCCAAAAAGCGACGCCGCAUCGCCGAGAAACCGAACGACGAUGUCCAGAUUCUGGAAUUGAGCGACGACGUGUUUCCCAAGACCACACCGAAGCCAGGACGCGCGCGACCUUCUCGCAAAGACCCAAGUACCACUGGAUGAUCGAGCUCAUGCCAGUGACCACUUGUGAUCGAAAAUCAAUUUCGUUCAGCUUGCGCGGAGCUAGACUUUUACGUGCUUCAUCCUGUGUCAAACAGCUAAGCUGCUGCAUUUGACACCCGAAGCAUGGUGCCGCUAAGCGCGACUCGCCCAAAGCCCCACUGGCAGUAAUGGAAGCCACCGCGACUAUAGACACUGGCAGGCGAGUCGGACUUUCUUGUUUAUGACACGCGCAUUACGACGCCCAUCCAGCGACACUUCUUUGCGUGGUUUAGGUCACAAGGAUGCCAUACUCCUACGCGCAACAUUUGGGCAGCACACUUCCCAUACAAGUGGCUGGUACUACAGUAGCCUCCUAGGCCACCAGACUCCUCGCAUCCAGCGGAGCAGCUUGUCAGCGGAAGGCUGAGAGUUGCAGUGAAUCCUGCUCAAAGCAGGCUCGUGCAAGACUUACGCCGUGGGUACCACAUCCAGUGGCACGUACGAUUCAGCAGCUAUCAUA